ACCGCCAUAGAAUGCUUUGGAUGAUCUCAAAGGUUCUGAGAUCCAAGGCUGUUUAAACAUGGGAGUUGAUGCCAAAGAUGUCGGAACUCUCUUGUGGAAAAUUCUCAGAAUUUCCACGAACUCUGUUUAUACAUGCGUGAGAAAAUACCCAGUUGUUUCUAGUGUUUCUGCUGUUAUCUUUCUCUUGUACACUUUUCUUCCAUGGCUUUUCUAUUUCAUGCUUUACUCUUCUCCGUUCAUCGCAUGUUCCGCGUUUUAUAUUUGGAAUCAUCUAAAUUUCAAGCCCCAAAAGGGAUAUGAGGUAGGAACAAGGAAAGCUGACCUAAAGCACCAACGAAGCGUUCGACGAAAUGCCAGAAGGAAAGUUGAGGAGGUUGGGAAAGAUUGGGACUCUUCUCAGGCUAGCGAAGACGAGAGAGACAAAGUCAUUUUGACCACUCUCUACGGCGAAUUCCCCAACUCUAGAAAAUCUCACAAACUCCAGAAACUCAAGAAAGACAGAGCCUUUCUUGUGUCGCAAGAAUUCUCCUUUGAGCCUAGCCUGAAAGAAGAAACUCCUUCAGCCACCGGAUAUGUAUCUGUGGUAGAUCCGUCUGAGAUGCUAACGAGCGGUGGUGGCGAAACCGAAAUCGAGUGUUCAUCAUCAUCAGAAGGAGAAGAAGAAUCUAUCCGCGAUGACAAAAAGGUCGUAGCUUGGACCGAGGAUGAUCAGAAGAAUUUGAUGGAUCUAGGAAACUCUGAGAUGGAACGUAACAAGAGGUUAGAGCAUUUGAUUACUAGAAGAAGAACGAGGAGACUAGUCUUGCGUGCGGCUGAGAGAAGCCUAAUGGAUAUGGAAGUUCCUUCUAUAUGUGUUGGACGGAACUAUUUCGGUUUGGAUCAAGACAAGUACAUAAUAGAUGGGCUUCAAAUGCCUGAAUCUGCGCCUUCGGUUUUGUUACCGACAAAAAACCCAUUUGAUCUUCCUUAUGAUCCACAAGAGGAGAAGCCUAACCUCUCAGGGGAUAGUUUUCAUCAAGAGUUUUCUGCAUCAGCCCCUCCUGAGAGCCUCUUCUGCCGCCAUGAGAGCUUUUGCCGCAGAACCUUUCCAUCGGAAGUUGAGCUUGAGUCGAAAUUGGAAACGUGGAAAAAGUCAAUUGAUAGUUGGCCUAGGCCGCAACAAGGUACAUUCAGUAACGAUGAUCUAUUGGUCGGAGAGAAACCGCUUGUAAAGGAAGCAAACGAUGUAACAAGAGCAGAAGCAAAUGAUAUGGAGUCUCAACACAUGACAGGGAUCAUUGCGAGUGAUUCAAACUCAUUGCUUUCUCCUGGAGAAAGAGAAAUGGAAUCCAGUGUCUCAAAUCAAGCAGAUUCUUCCCGAGCUUUCGGAAAACCAAGCGGUGAUCAUCGUGUUGGAAACUCUCUGAUAGGUCUGAUUCCUAGAAACACUGGGUCGCUGUCGAGUUCGUUAGCAGCCGAAAGGCAAAUGUACAUGGAACAUUUUGGUUUCAGUACAGGAAUAGGUCAUAAAGUGACGCAAUCCGUGGAAUCUGAUCUUCAGGUUGAGUUUUCUGAGAUCGGAUCACCUCCCACUACAGUUGAUGGGAAUAAUUCUUCUGAUGACGAGGACUCACUCUUUGCCCACGAAUCAGACACCAUGGAGAAAACGAGCUUUAGUGGUGAGGGGAAUGAGGCUAAACAGAUGAACAUUUUGGAUACAACUACAGAAUCUCAAGUGUUACCAGUGGAGGAAGCUGCUCAAGACUUCAAUGAAACGAGUUCAAUAGUUUCUCCAGAAACUUAUGCAGCCAUACAAUUUGAGGGUCUGUCUGAUGGUACAGAUGUCAAUGUAAGGUCUGAGGAAGAGGAGAUAUCAAAAUCCAUACAACACCAUCUACUGGAAAAUUCAGACAGUGGAUUGCAUAUAUCCGAAGAGACCACGGUUUCUCACACCAACGAAGUUGUAUCGCAAAGAGAAGAGGAAUCACAAGAACUUGUCCAAAACUCGGUGGAGGAGAUGAAGACAAGUUAUGUCUCUGAUGAAACUGAACCCUCAGAGGGGAGAACCAAUCAAGAAGAAUUCGAAGGGAGAAAUCACGGAAGCCCAACAGCUCAAGAGAUGCAAGACGUUGUGGAACAUGAAGCUUCAGAUGUGAAUCAAGUCACAACUGACGAGUCUCCUACUUCCCCAAGAUCAGUGUUACCAGACAUGUCGUUACCAUUAGACCAGACUCUUACUUUGGACUCUGAGAAUUUGGAACUCACAUCAGAUAGUCAACCGCGAGCUGUAAUUCCAGAUUCAGAAUCUUCUCAAUAUCAGCUAGUUGGUGAUAGGAACAGUAGAGAAACAGAGGGACAAUCUGAGUCAAAUGAGGGAAGAUCUACAGAGGAAGAUCUUACUUCACAUGACAUUGUCCAUUUGGUUAACACUGAACACGAAACUCACGGUGCAACAGAGAACAUUGGAGUCUCGAGAAUCCACAUCAUCUUGGUUGCUAAGAUCAAAUGGUAAUGUACAGAAGCCAGUUUAAACAAAUGCUAAUGAGAUCUUGACAUCUUGUAAAGAUAGGAACUUUUAUUCUUUUGCAAUGAUUUUGAAUCAUGGCAAUGUAUAGAGGUAUAGUUUCCUUUGUCUUUUUCACUUUUCAUUUUUUUAUUAAAUUUAAUAAGAUUUUAUGUACAAGAACAUGUAAGAGUUAAAACAUUUCUAACCUCAACUUUCAUAUUCAACGAAAUUAACGCUAAAUGCGUGGAAUUGUGACA